ACUUUAUAACCAGUCUUGUGGUAGCCCGUAUUACACCACACCCUUAAAUAAAUUAAUGGCUGUGUGUGGUCUUGCCAAGACAGUGCUGCUGUGUAGCGCAGAGGAAAGAGGAAAGACCACUUCAGAUUGAACGGUGCACCAUAAGCGUGAGGGCACAAGUGGAAACCACGUGGAAGUGCGUUUAAAAGCAAAAACACUUCUGUGUCCAGAGAGAAGUGUAUGAACAAGCUACCCAGCCCUGUUGUUGAAGCUGAUACCCUGGCUUCUUGCAAGGAGCAGCUGGAUGGGAUCCUCGGAUCACUGAACCAUAGCUAGCAAACAGUCUGGAUGGGCCAAACAGCUUCCUCCUGUUUGUGGCCUGUCUCAGGGGCUUCUGUCUGUUGUCUAGGCUGUCAGGAGCUGUAGCCCUGUACUGGGAGGAAGGAGGAUGGAGAGAAUGCUGCAGGCCCUGCACCAUGAGCGCAGGGCUGGCCACCGCUUCACAAACUUCUGUGAGCUCUCCGGGAACAAGCUCUGGAAGAACGGCAUUCAUUUCUGGUUUGACCUUCAGGAGUACCACAGACUGUUCUACCAGGAGGGUCUCGAUCCCUACAGACUGCAGCGGCAAGCCCACUUCUUGUAUUCUACAUACAUAUGCUUUGGAGCGCCGGAGGAUACCGGUGUGAGUGGGGACAGCAGAAGGCAGAUAUGCGCGAGGCUGGACCCACCCUUUGAGGAGCUAUUUGAUCCUGCGGAGGAGCAUGUCCUCACGUUGCUUCUGGAGCCCUGGACACGGAUGACCACCUGCGACAUGGCUGCCUACCACAAGGUGGAAAUAGUAGAGGAGAUUCGUCAGCUGGACUCGGUCCAUUACAGAGAGCUGAAGGCCCUACAUGAAAACAUGCUGCGCAGAGCGAAUGAGAACGUGCCCGAUCGCAAUCCCUCAUCCCCACCACCGGAGGUCGCCAGAGAGCCAGAGCUGUGGGACUUGGUUCCGGAGGAUUUCCGCGGCUACAGCCUGGGCACCCUGCUGCGCCGCCGGCUGGAACUGGAGCACUUCCGCACCUUUCUGGAGGAGCACUUUGCCAGUAUGGACCUGCUGUGCUGGCUGGACAUUGAGCAGUUCAGAAGGAUGCCUCACAAGGACAAAGCCAAGAGAGAGGAAAAAUCCAAAGACAUCAAGAACAAAUACCUGAACAAGAAGUACUUCUUUGGGGCCAACAGCCCGGCAACCAGGGACCAGCAGGAGGAGGUGAUGCGGCUUGGCGGGGGCUGGGGGCGGAUCCUCCACGACCGGCUGUCCGCCCCGAUUCUCGUGGAGGUGCAGAGGCACGCGAGGAGGCGCCUGGAGAAGAAGUGGCUGCCUCUCUUCCUCGCCACGCCCCAGUUUGCAGAGAGGCAGAGGACAAAGGCCCUGAUGAAGGACGUUGCUGAGGACCAGAUCUUCCUGAGACACAGAAAGAAGAGGGAGGUGUGGAAGUAUAUCGACAGUAAAUGGGCGACGUCCUCGAAGGAAAUCCUGGCGUUCCGGAAGGCCCUGCUGAACCCCGUGACCUGUCGCCAGUUCCAGCGCUUUGUUUCCCUGAAAGGAGAUUACCUGGAGAACGGGGUGCUUUUCUGGCUGGAGGUGCAGAAGUACAAGGACCUGUGCCACUCGCACUGCGAUGAGGCGACCAUCCAGAGCAAGGUGACAACCAUCGUCGACUGCUUCAUCAACUCCUCCAUCCCCCCGGCCGUGCAGAUAGACAUCCCCCCCGAGCAGGCCCACGCCAUCCUGGAGCGCAGGAGGGAGCUGGGGCCCUACGUCUUCAGAGAGGCACAGAUGACGGUGUUCAGCGUGCUGUUCAAGCUGUGGCCUCAGUUCUGCGCCUUCAGGAGCAACCUGGAGGAGGAGACAGUUCUCCCGGCGCUGGAGAGGAAGAGGGAGAGGCAGCGAGAGAGGCUGCAGCGCCGGAUGAAAGAAGAGGAGAGACGAGCCAAAGAGCAGGAGGAAGCCAAGAGGAAAUCAAGUUUUGCGGAAGAUUUCUUUGGAGACGAGGAGAGUGUCUACAGUGGCAGCCAAGAAGGAAGGGACUCCAGGAGAGAGAAUGGGGCUCCAGCCUAUCGCAUCCAACAAGUGUCCUGGUCUUACUCCAAGUACCUGGAGGCUCUGGAGCAGGAGGAGGCACUACUUCACCGCUACGCUGACGUGCAGAGCAGAGCCGCCUCCCCCUCACUCUCCUCAGACGCAGAUGCCUCCUCGAUCCGCAGCGCCAAGUCCGACACCACCAAACACACCCCCCGCUCCGUCCUGUCCCUCCGAGCUGCGAACCUUCCUCGCUGAUCGCCAGGAUAGGAGAAAGAAGACCAGGGACUGAAUCCACACCUCACAGGGACUGCAACUGGAAAGAGAACUAUCAUUUUUCACAAAGUGGUCUUCUGUCGUAUACUUUGAAAACUUCACUUUUAAAUGUUUUCAGCAACUGUAUCUGUGAGCUUUAUAUUUUGUAACUCAUAGGUGAGUGUAACACCCUUUAGCAUUUAAUAGAUGGAUUGUAUAAAGCCUUUCCAUUAUAUCAAACGCAUGUAUUAGCUCUUUUAAAAUUUCAAUUUAAGGAAAACUCAUAAAGCACUAGUAGGCUCUAAAAUGCCACACUGUAAUCAUCAUUAACACUUGUGACAAUUUUUCUUGGGUUUGAUAUGUAGUGGUAUUUUCUAGGUAUAACAAUUGUCUCUUUCCUCCAAAACCAUGGCUUUAAAAAUAUUGAAUAAUGAAUCUCGAAGCUUGGAGAAACUGAAUUCAGUGGUGUGUAAGAUGAGAUUGUGUG